AUGGGUCGUAGAAGAGGUAGGAGGCUUGCUGCGCUUCCCGGAAUGCCCUUGGAUAUCUUGUUUGAGAUAUUUGGACAUCUUCACCCUUAUGACCUUCUAAAGCUGUCGAGAAUGUCUAAAGAUUUUCGACGAUUACUUCUUAGCAAGUCAUCCGUUUCCGUAUGGAAGGACAGUCUCGCAAAUGUUCCCGGUUUGCCUGAAAGCUUUCCGGGAAUGACAGAAGUGGAAUGGGCAAACCUGGCCUUUUCCCCACAUUGCCAUGUUUGCCUAGCUCCAAACAUCAGGGCGGUUGAAUGGCGUUUUAAAAUACGGAUUUGUUCAAAAUGUGCCAAGGACCAUUUCAGAGAAUUUUCACGCAUGCCCAUGCUUGACCGCACCUUCCGUACCUUACUAGGCGAUGUCAUUCCAACGCGAAGAGCAAAACGAGGUCAUGCAGUUUGUCUUGCCUCCGAUUUCGAUGCAGUAAUGUCAGAGUACAAGGAAAUCCAAGAUGAUGAAUCUCGUACACAAUACAUCAGGGGAAAAAAUGCUACCCUUGACAAGUUUCUCAAACACGCCCAACGCUGUGAGCACUGGGAAGGCACCCAAUCUCGAGAUCGCUGUGAAGAGUUAGAACAGCUGAGGAAAGAAAGAUUAGCCGCUAUUGAGAGGAAACUUAUUGAACUCGGAUGGGAGCAGGAUGUUAGAGGCAUAAAGUAUCCAGACUCACUUGCUAGGCAUAAGCUGGUGCACCGACCUCAACUUUUGACAGAAAGGAUAUGGACUAACAUCAAGCCUGGUAUUAUAGAGUUCAUGGAAGAGAUGAAGGAGAAACGAUUGAGACGCGAGAUUGAAUCAAUACACGCAGCACGUCGCAAAAUUUCACUCGAUGCCGUUCGCACCUUCAAGAAAUCAAAAAUGAAAGACAAUAUCCUCAUACCAACUAGUCUGGAACUGUGGCGAUACCAGCCUAUCGAAGAAAUCAUCAAUGCACCUCGAGAUAAAAAUAUAACUGUUUCCAGCUUUGACGAAGUCAUGCUUGAUUUUCCGAAGUUUGUUAAUGAAUGGCGUCAAUCCAUUGCUCAAAGGGUAACUUCUAUUAUAAAAAAUAUCCAAGGCGAGGUGCGGGAGGAUUUUUGCUACGAUGAUUUCUCUGAACAAACUUCCAAUAAAACCAACAAAUUAUUUCCCAAUGCCAAUCUAUCCGAGGACCAAUUGUUAGCAAAAAUGUCGCUUGCUUCCACAGUCUUUCGAUGCAACCGCUGCAAUCGUCCGAAUUCAUGGGAUGAUUGCGCCUGGGAUCUCGACGACAACUGGGUAACGUUGUCCAAUCCAUUAUUUUAUCCUCAUGUUCUUGGACAUCACUGCCUUUAUGAUGAUGAUGAUAUCUACAUCUAUGACCAACCACGAGGUCAGCUAUGGAGCAGUACUUCCCUGGCCUAUGACGCACUGUCCAGUAAACAUGCCGAAAAACUUGUCGAAUCGAUCGGUGGUGAUCCUGCGGUAACUACAACCGACGAUAUGGAUGGCCUGAAUCUCAGAUUUCUCUGUCGCCUAUGCCCAAAGUCGAAGGAGAAAGAACAUGAAGAACCAGUUCUGCCUUUGUUUGACUGGCGCGCUGCGAUCCAGCAUAUGACUGACUAUCACUAUUCCAAGUUUUCAUUCACAAUUGUCAAGCAAGUCAAUUUGGAUCAUGAAAUCAUCGAAGCCGAGGCAGAUUAUAGGGACAAGGAUCCAAUAUGGCGAUGUAUACAUUGCUAUGGCACAAACCAAGACCCUCAAUCGCCAAUGACCGUCGAAAACGUUGCAAGACAUUUUUCCUACGUGCAUCGGGAUAUCCUUUCACCAAUUCGCCACGUAGACUAUUAUGAAGAUUUCGCUUCCCCAAACUUGCAUACCAACCACUAUCGUCAUCAUAUACUCUACGUCCGCUGCUUAAAAAGUGGACAAUACAAACUGGCCACUGAAUUUAUGGAAUUGUCGAAUCCUGGCGUUAUCGGCCAUGUCAACUACGGGUUUGACAUCUAUUGA